CUAAAGCUUGAACCAUUUGAAGAGGAAGUUUUGGAAGGAAAUGCAAGAUCUCACAUAAUGAUCGUUCAACGUCAGAUGUCUGUGAUAGAAGAAGAAAUGGAGGAAUUCCGGCUUGCUCUGAAGCAGUACGUGGAAUCUGCUUCUGCUCAGGGUGGCUGCUUGCAUGUUUCCAUACAGAAGCUUCCAAGUGAUUCCCGCUUCAUUGUUUAUGAGUUCUGGGAGAACAGCAAUGCCUGGAACAGCCACCUUCAAAUGAAUUACAACAAGACAUUCCAAAGAAGUAACGUGGACUUCUUGGAAACUCCAGAGCUCAUCACAACAAUGCUAGUCCCUGCAUCGUGGUGGGUCCUCAAUAACAACUAGAAGCUGUGGUUCCAAGUAGUGUUAAUGUUGCAUUGUUUUUCAUUACAGUAACAUGCAUAUAGCAGUGUACAGGUGUGCUGGGUUAUGAACUGAUGAUGUGACAUUGUUUGCUAUUAUGAGAUCUCUUACCUUUUCAAAUAUGGGAAACUGCACAUUUAUUACCUUCUCUUCUUGUGACCAGCUCAGUGAAAUGAUGCAUACUAAAAGCUGAAAUAAGACAACUAUGCUAAACUGUUUCUUGUGUAUAUUCAGUCCAAACUGUCACAGAAAAGUGCAUCUUGAUUGGUAUGACUAAAUAUUUGUGAA